AUGUCGAAAGCUAUUGGAAUUGACUUGGGAACCACAUACUCUUGUGUAGCCCACUUUACUAAUGACAGAGUUGAAAUUAUCGCUAAUGAUCAGGGUAACAGAACUACUCCCUCUUAUGUGGCAUUCACAGACACUGAGAGAUUGAUUGGAGAUGCAGCCAAGAACCAGGCAGCCAUGAAUCCUGUCAACACUGUGUUUGAUGCUAAGAGACUCAUUGGUAGAAAGUUUAGCGACCCUGAAGUUCAAGAAGAUCUCAAGCACUUUCCUUUCAAGGUUAUUGAUAAGGGAGGCAAGCCAAUGAUCCAGGUGGAGUUUAAGGGUGAAACUAAGGUUUUUUCUCCCGAGGAAAUUUCUUCCAUGAUCUUAGGUAAGAUGAAGGAGACUGCUGAAAGUUACUUGGGUGGAGAAGUUAAGGACGCAGUUGUCACUGUUCCAGCUUACUUCAACGAUUCACAGAGACAAGCAACCAAGGAUGCCGGUUUGAUUGCUGGUUUGAACGUUUUGAGAAUCAUUAACGAGCCAACUGCAGCCGCAAUUGCAUAUGGUUUGGACAAGAAGAACCAGAGUGUUGGAGAAAAGCACGUUUUGAUUUUCGACUUGGGUGGUGGUACCUUUGACGUUUCUUUGUUGGCCAUCGAUGAAGGAGUUUUCGAGGUGAAGGCCACCGCCGGAGACACUCACUUGGGUGGUGAAGACUUUGACCACAGAUUGGUUAACCACUUUGUCCAAGAGUUCAAGAGAAAGAACAAGAAGGAUCUUUCGACUAACCAGAGAGCCUUGAGAAGAUUGAGAACCUCAUGCGAGAGAGCAAAGAGAACUUUGUCAUCCUCUGCCCAGACGUCAAUUGAGAUCGACUCUUUGUACGAGGGAAUCGACUUUUACACCUCUAUUACCAGAGCCAGAUUCGAGGAAUUGUGUGCUGAUUUGUUCAGAUCUACGCUUGAACCUGUCGAGAAGGUGUUGAAAGAUGCCAAGUUGGACAAAUCUCAGGUUGACGAGAUUGUUCUUGUUGGUGGUUCCACUAGAAUCCCAAAGAUUCAGAAGUUGGUGUCUGACUUCUUUAACGGAAAGGAGCCAUGUAAGUCCAUCAAUCCUGAUGAGGCUGUUGCUUACGGUGCUGCUGUCCAGGCUGCUAUCUUGACUGGUGACACGUCAUCCAAGACUCAAGACUUGUUGUUGUUGGAUGUUGCACCAUUGUCAUUGGGUAUUGAGACUGCUGGUGGUGUUAUGACUAAAUUGAUUCCAAGAAAUGCCACCAUUCCUACGAAGAAGUCAGAAACCUUCUCUACGUAUGCAGAUAACCAGCCUGGUGUUUUGAUUCAAGUCUUUGAAGGUGAGAGAGCCAGAACCAAGGACAACAACUUGUUGGGUAAGUUCGAAUUGUCUGGUAUUCCACCAGCUCCAAGAGGUGUUCCACAGGUUGAGGUCACCUUCGACAUUGAUGCCAACGGUAUCUUGAAUGUUUCUGCUUUGGAGAAGGGUACUGGUAAGACUCAAAAGAUUACCAUCACCAACGACAAGGGUAGAUUGUCCAAGGAGGAUAUCGAAAGAAUGGUCUCUGAGGCCGAAAAAUUCAAGGAGGAGGACGAGAAGGAAGCCGGCAGAAUCCAAUCUAAGAACACUUUGGAGUCUUACGCUUAUUCUUUGAAGAACACGAUCAAUGAUGGUGAAAUGAAGGACAAGAUCGAUGCUGAAGACAAAGAGAAGUUGAGCAAGGCUGUUGAAGAAACCAUUGCUUGGUUGGACGACUCUCAUGCUGCCUCUAAGGAAGAAUACGACGAAAGACACAAGGAAUUGGAGUCUGUUGCUAACCCUAUCAUCUCUAAGGCAUACCAGGGUGCUGGUGGCGCUCCAGGUGGUGCUGCAGGUGCUGGUGGCUUCCCAGGUGCUGGUGGUUUCCCAGGCGGAAAUGCUGGAUCUGGCGGUGACUCCUCCGGCCCAACUGUUGAAGAGGUCGACUAA